AUGGGUUUCUUCAGCGGCACCGGUGAGCGGCUCAUGCAGAUCGAGCGCGAGGAGGACGAGGAGGAGCGCCGUGAGAAGGAGGAGGACAAACUUUUGGCGCUGGAGAUUAUUUUCUUUACCGCGCAUACUUCCCGUGUCUCUCAAUUUUCUUUCUCCAUAUAUCGUCGGAUAUUUUCCCUCGCCGCCAUCUCCGCCCACCACCUCGGCACCUCCCCAUUUAUCCAACCACCGAUUCCAAUCUGCGCCGUGACCACCACCCCGCGCGCCGCCCGUUCGUGUACCCGACGCGGUGGCAGCCUCAACCUCAAGCGCUGCCCUCUGCUGCUAUCGCCGCCUGCCGCAGAUUGCCGUUUUCCUCCAUCGACAAGCUCGCUAAUCGGAGCCCCGUCGGUGUCCGUCGUCCCCGCGUCACGAAGCCGCCAUCCUCACCGUCACAAAGCCGGAUCCACGCAGGUCUCAUCCUUCACUCGAAGCUGCGCGCGUGUUCCGUCGGUACACAGCCCGCAAGCAGCUCUCGCCUCCAUCCGUAUCUUCAGCCUCCACCACGUCAAGCGGGUUGAUCUCGACGAAAGAGUUGUUGGCGGUGACCUCCCAAAUGAAUCACAUGACGAAGCUGAAGAAUAUGCUCCAUUGAGUGCUAUGCAGGAACUACAUCCUAGCAGUUGUGCGGGAGCCAAAGAGUGUUACACCGGUUUAUCGUUACCACAAGAAAAAAUGAUUCCUAAGAAAGCACACAUUGAAAAGUUUGAUAGGGUCAAUCAAGGAAGUGCAGAAUCAACUUUACCGGACAAGCAGAUCACUACCCAGGAAUUGCAUCCUAUUUUUCUGCGAGAACCAAAGAGGAUUACACUGGUUUAUCUUUGCCACACAUGGUUGCUAAGAACGCACGCAUUGAAAAGUUUGAUAAGGCCAAUCAAGGCCGUGCAGAAUCAACCAAAGAGGGUUACACCAAUCAUGGAAGUGCAGAAUCAACUUUGCCGGAUAGAGCAGAUCACUGCCCAAGAAUUGCAUCCUAGCUUUUCUUCGAGGACCAAGGAGGAUUACACUGGUUCAUCUUUACCACGCAUGGUUGCGAAGGUUCAAUCAAGGCUGUAUAGAAUCAACUUUGCCGGAAAAGACUAACCAGGAAUUGCAUCCUAGCAAUUGCGCAAGAACCAAAGAGGGCUGCCAAACACUGGGCAGCUCAAGAUUUAGAAAAGGAGUGCAUUGCAGGACCCGGGAGAACUAUAGAAGAAUUAUUCUUUAGAUGGACAAAUAUUAUGUUUUAUAUACAGAUUUUAGCUUUAUAGGAAAACUUAGUUCAAGUUUGUAUGAUCUCUUAAUUAUUUGAAUAUUUUAUAUGAAGAUCUUAUUUGAUUCA